UAUCGAAAUAGAGAAAGAAACAGAUAAGAGUAAAGAUUAAACUCUUUUUCUCUUGAUAUCUUGAUUAAGAUGAACAAAUGAAAUACCGAUAGAAGAGAAGCAAACAAUCAAUAACUAGAUUACCAUUCGAUUCUCCUCAGUGAUUAACAAUAAUUCACCAAUUUCUUCGUCUACUAUUGGAUAAUAUCCAAUCUUAUUCUCAUUCUCUCUCUCUACAAACAAUAUUUUCUCAUUUUAUACAAUCAAAGUAUCUUCCAGUUCCAUUGAGAAAGUGUAUCCAUGUAUCUUUGUUUCUGUGUCUCCCAACUAAUUAACCAUCAUGUUAAUUAUAACUCUCAAUUCAUUGACAGCGAUAAACAAUCAAUGAUCAAACUGUUCCUUAAAAUAGUUUGAAGAAAAAUCUUAAAAAUCAUCAACAAAUCGAGAAGGAAAAAUCACCAAAGAAAAACAAAAGUUUCUUCUUACCUUUGUUACUUUAACGUUUCCUCAUCACAACUGAACUUUAAUUCUCAACCAUGUUCUGUGUUGACUGUCAAUCAUAAUUAUCAACAAAAUCUAUUCUAUUUAUCAUUAAAACAAUUAAAACAUCAACAACAAUACAAGAAGAAAAUAAACUCGAAAAUAUAAUUGGAAUUGUUUUCUUUUUCUUCAAAAGGAUUAACAUGGCUUCCAAUUGGAUUCUCAUCGUUUCUAAUUCAAUGUUACUUUUCCUACUUACCUGUGGACCGAUUUCAGUGUUUGGAUCAACAAAUGAUUCGUAUUUUAAUUGUGAUUUUAAUUACUUUCAACAAAGUGAACCCAAGUGCAAUUGGAUUGUUGAUAAUUCAUUUAAAGUGGUUAACGAUUCAUUAUUAACUCAAUCGUGGCUCCAUUUUAACACUUCGACAAUUAAUCGUCAAUCAAUUUCUUCAGGUAUUAUGGGUAAACUAAUCUCACCGAUUAUCCCGAUUAUCCAAAUGGAGACACCGAGUCACUGUAAUCUAGUAAUUAAUAUGAAAAUGAAUCAAUUUGAUUCAGCGUUAAUUAAGAUUGUCCGAAAAUCAGUGAAAAACAUUGAACCUGAAAUUGACCUGAUAGUUAAACCAGGAAACAACAAUCAAAGAUGGACUGAUGAACGAUAUCCAAUCGGAACAUCCAAACAUGACUUCCAAUUAUUGGUCGAGUUCACAGAAAGUCCUAAUUCCCGAUUAUCCUCAGAAUCUUAUGUUUCCAUCAGAAAAAUUUCGUUGGAAAAUUGUUUCCAAAAAAAAAUGAUCAGGGCUCAUAACGAUUGUGCCAUCAAGUGUACAAAUGAUUUAAAUUGUAUAACAUCAGAUCAAAUUUGUGAUUUAAAACAUGAUUGUCCGGAUGGAGAAGAUGAAAAUCAAGAUUGUGAUAAAUUACCUCGAGGAGCUUAUUGUCCAUUCGGCGAGGACACUUGCGAAUGGUACAUUGUAAACAAAACGCAACCAGCGAAGUACAAAUUGACCCUUAAAAAUGGUUCCCUUUUCACCUCGUUCAAUUCUCGAAGCAAAUUCGGUGAGGCUAUUUUCAUACGAAGUCCACAAUUCCCGGUGAUUCCUUAUUAUCAUUCACUUGAAACAUCACCUUAUUAUCAAUCGUGUAAAAUACGUUUUUGGUUCGCAUUCAAGCCAAGUAGCGCUGAGUUUUCAAUGCAAGUAUUUGAGGACACAAAGAAGGUCAAAAACGGUACUUACACGAUACCCGUUCGAGAUUCUCGAGAGAUCUGGAGAAAAGUUAUCGUCCCUUUACCGUCCCACCACCGAACCUCAUACAAUAUAACUUUCGAGUUUUUCAAACGUGACCUAACCAGUGCUUCGGUGCCCAUUUACAUAGACAAUUUAACUCUAUCCAAGGAAUGCUUUGGAAUCGGAGUUCCUUUAACUGAGAUUCGUGAACCUCCUCCACUUGAUUCAAUUCAAUCAGCUGAUGAUUCAAAUGAUUUUCGCGAUGGUUACUUUAGACUUUCAGGAAGAACUGAAUUAUCCUUCACUGGAAUUUUUAUACUUUUUUUACUUUUUACUAUCGCAUUGGUUAUUUUUACUGGUGUCUUCCUUUCAUUCUUUCAUCGAUUCAAAUGGAAAUUCUUAACCAGUGGACCAAAUUCUCGAUCUCGUUGUGGUGAUCGUGAUGUUUCAUCGAGUCAAUUGUUAUCAAAUAGUUCAACCGAUGUACAAUUAAGUCGACUUCGAAAUGGACAUAAUAUCGUAACUGAAUUUAAUCCCAAUUAUGAAUUCGGUGGGUCAACUUGUACCUUAUCUGACCUUCGUGAGAUACCAAGGGAUAAACUCUCAUUGAGCAACGCUAGGGCUCUUGGUCAGGGGGCUUUUGGUGAAGUCUAUCAAGGUAUUCUGAUCAAUAUGACGGGUGAGGUUUUGGACGAGGUUCCAGUCGCCAUAAAAACCUUACCCGAACAGGUAGCAAACAACCAGGCGGAAAUGGACUUUCUCAUGGAAGCGUUGAUAAUGUCCAAGUUUCGUCAUCGAAAUAUCGUUCGAUUCAUUGGCGUUUGUUUCGAGAAAAUGCCUCGAUUCAUUGUCCUGGAACUUUUGGCUGGAGGAGAUUUGAAAACAUUUCUUCGUGAGUCUCGAGCUUCCGUCAAUAAACCAUCGCCCAUUUGCAUGGGUGAUCUUCUGGUUAUCGCUCUGGAUGUUGCUCGUGGUUGUCAUUACCUGGAGGAGAAUCACUUUAUCCAUCGUGACAUUGCCGCUCGUAAUUGUCUGUUAACUGCUAAAUUUAAAUCGCCUCAAGCAUCAACUCUUUAUUCAACUGAUGGAACCUUCAAGAUGGAAAAUUACAAUAAUGGCUUCAAUAAUAGUGGACUAGUGGUCAAGAUCGCCGAUUUUGGAAUGGCGAGAGACAUUUACAGAUCGGACUAUUAUCGCAAAGGUGGGAAAGCGAUGUUACCUGUGAAAUGGAUGCCCCCUGAGGCCUUUCUUGACGGUAUAUUCACCUCUAAGACCGAUGUCUGGUCAUUUGGUGUCCUCCUUUGGGAGGUCAUGUCCAUGGGUUUUAUGCCUUAUCCAGGUCGAGGUAAUCAAGAGGUGAUGCAAUUGGUCACUGCUGGUGGACGAUUGGAGCCUCCUAAUAACGCGUGUCCAAGUCAAAUUUACGCAAUUAUGCAGCAAUGUUGGCAAGCGCUACCUGAGAAUAGGCCAAAUUUCCCGACCAUAAUUGAGCGAAUUGGCUAUUGUUUAGUUGAUCCGGAUGUUCUGUCCCGGAAAUUAGCGAUUUUCCAUCGAGCACCAUCAUCUGAACGCGAUAUAACCAUCAUGAGACCUCCUCCAGAUUCAACUGAUUAUCUAAUACCAAAUGCUUGUUCCAAUUCCAAUUCCAAUUCAAAUUAUUCCAUUUCCACUGAGAAAACUGAACUUCUUUCCCCUGACACUUGUUCAACGGUGACCUCUGGUAACGAUGAUAACUGUAAAUUGACCAUGAUGAUGAUGAUGAUGGACGAUGAUCGCUUGAAUAGCGUUGAAGCCUUUAACUCACCAUUAACUCCUUCCAAUCAUCAUGUUAAUCAUUCUCACCAUCAAGCACAAUCAGUUAAUCAUCAAAAUCAAUUAGUACAACGUUCACUAUCAGCUGAUAAAAGGCCUUUACCUGAUCGUCCACCACCAGAAAGACCGUCCAAUGUUAAUCUAAAUACUAAACCUUCAAAUGAAACAAAUACUCGUAAUGAUAAUGGAAACAUUAAUCGUACUGAUUUACUGAUUCUCGAUGCUGGUUCAUUAACUGUUAAUAACAACAAUUACGAUAAUUCAACGACCACCAAUACGACGGAUUCAUCAACUUCAACGGGCCAGGUCAAUAUUCAUAAUCCAACAAAGUACAUUAAUGUUGAUAUGACUUCAGAAAAUCAAUUACAAGUCUGAUGAUUAACUUUAAUCAUCAAUAAUUUAACUUUUUACUCUUCUAAUCAAAAAUUGUUCAUUUGUAAUCAAUAAUUGAUCAAUCGUCUCUCUCAGAUCUCAAAUUCUUGUUUUGUUCCAAAGGAUAAUUAAUUAUCAAUAUUAUUAAUAUUAAUCAAUCGAUCUUUCUAAUUGUUACUAAUUAAUGAUAAUUUAAAUCUAAGCUUUUGUAUCGAUAUGUAAAUAUAUUUAAAUUAGUCCAAUUCUAGUCAAAUGAAUCAACUGAAUGUCAAAAUUUGAUUGUUAACUUUAAAUUGCUUGUUAAUUGUAACUUUAAUGAAACACUUUCUUAUUUAAUUGUAAAUGAUUGACUAAUUGUUAAUAGUUGAUACAAUGCCAAAGAAACUGAAUUUAAAUUAUUAUCAAUAUUUGUAUAGAAAUAAAUUACUAUUUAAAUGAACGAAAAAAUCUGAACAAUUAAUUAAAUUAACAGCUACAAAGAAGAAAUUAAUUAAAUCAAACGAUAAUAAUUUAUUCUAAUUGUGAGUUAACAAUUAAUACCUGAACGUACAAUUAACUCUGUAAAUGGGUUAAUCGGUUUUCAUCUGUGAUCAUAUUUGUAAAGUUAAUUGUGAAUGAAAUUAAGAGAUUAGUUAAUUGAAUGAAAUAACUAAUACUAAUUGUAACAAAAACUCACUGGAAUUAAAUUAACUAUUAAUACUUUAAUUAUAAUCAUUGGUAACAUUUUAUUUCACAAUUAGUUUCCAAGGGGCUUUUUAAUUGUUGAUUAGUUGAUUGUUGUUUUCCUGUUCACUUCAUUCAAUUGUUAGAUUAAUCUUAUUCAAGGAUUCACGUUGAUUAAUCACAUAAAUCAAUGGGUUGACAAUUAAAUUUGAAAAAAGGGAAAAAAUUUAAAGAGGGAUAACAAUUAAUAAAUUGUUAACCACAAAUUAUUCAGAAUGAACAUUGAAAAUUAAACUUAAAUUGCUUGUGAUCAGUGAAUCGGUUGAAAGAUUAGAUGAAUACGAUUUAAGUUAAUUAUUAUCACUGAUUAAUCAUCAAUACGUUUCCUUAAAUUGAUUCAGUCUUAUAGUUGAAAAUUAAUUUUCACUAAUUUAGAAAGUAAAAUUUAGUCAAUCAAAUAGUUUAUUUGAUCAGUUGAUUAAAUGAAGAGUGAAAAUCAAACAUAAAGAUUUGAAUUUAUUGACAAUUGUAACAAUUAAAAAUCUCAUUGAGAAUUUUUU